AUGCACUUCUCAACCCAAGCCCUCCUCACCACCACCCUCCUCAGCACCCUCGUUCUCUCCAUCCCCCAAGGACCACCUAUGAACGGCGGCGGCGGCGUCCAAGGAAAUUGCAACUUCUUCUGCUGCGAACGCAACCUCGGCACCGGCGGCACCCUCUGCAAAAACAACACCGCAAUCCCGCAUCCAUAUUCCGACGAUUGCUCCACGAUGCCGAUUGGAAAUAAGCCGAAUGGUGAUGGGAAGGCGACGCCGGUCUGCUGUGCGAAUCCUAAUUGUGUGGGGCAGCCCGGGUGGUGGACGCCCAUUACGAAUGUUUAG